AUGCAUUUCGCUAAACUUCUCGUCCUGCUCACGGCAGCUGCUUCCUCUGCAAUGGCUGCGUCAACUACGACCAUCACCAUCGUCAACGCGCAUACAUCGACAACCCCGACAUCGACACCAACCCCCACACCUACGCCUUCCUCAACUUCUACUCCAACCUCUACUCCUUCUUCCUCGUCUUCGUCGGUGGUGGUCAUUCCUACCCCCUCCUCAUCCAGCGUACCAGUCAGACAAUCCAGCUCCUCAAUCGCCAUCAAACCCUCAAGCGUUGCACCCAUAACCUCCGUCGUGGUUGCAACCGCCGCUCAAUCCGAAUCAUCCGCUACGUCGACCUCUUCAACAGCAAAGGCACCUACAUCCACUUCUGGAGCUAUGGCAGCGAACCAACAGUAUGCCGCGGGCGCUGUGAUGGCCGGCGUGGUCGCUGUUGCAGGUUUGGUUAUGAUGUAA